AACACAGUGGGCGACGCAGCGUUGAACCUGAAUUACGGCAACAAGAUAAACACACAGAUGCCGCGUGUGUCAGUCUAUCAAACAUACAAUUCGUCAGUCACUCAGUCAGACGGACAGACGACGUGAAUACUGAGUGCAUUAUUUGCCUGACCUGCAUUUGAUAAGCAACAUAUUAAAUUGUCAAACAAGCACAACCAACUGCAACACUUGUCCAAAAAUAGACGGCAACAAAACGAAAUAAAUAAAUAGAAAAACCAACUGCAAACAAACGACGAAAAGCGAGAAACGAAAAACGGUUUUGUGCGAAGGUUGCGUGUCUAUUUUGUGAGCACAGUGCGGCAGAAUGUGGCAUUAAGUGCAUGAAAUCCACAAGCAAAAGCAAAAGUAAAGACACUGGCAACGGAAUCGGAAGUGAGAACAACAUGCCAGGGAUUAUUAACAGUGGCAGAGGCAGAGGCAGAGGCACAGGCAGUGGCAGUAGCAUCAGCAUGACAAGCAUCAAUUGCUUGUGGUUCUCGCUGCUGCUCUGCCACAGCUGCAACAUUUUUGGAUUACUGCGUCUUGAACAGCACCUGGCCGAGGCCCUGCCCUUUGAGUACUUAGACGAGCACCUGGACGACUUCAACUACGACCUGGACGAGGCCCAAUCUCAGGCCAAAUACGAUGCACGUCUGCUUUCCGAGCAAAUGCUGAGCGACGCUGAGCUCCAGCAAAGAGCGGACAUCGAAUCCCGCAUUAGUUCCAAUUCGAAUGUCGUAAUCAACUCCAACGGCGAAGCCAACUUCAAUUUUAACACCAACUCCAACUCGGAUGCUGACAGCGAAGCGCAGUUGGCAGCAGCCGCUGCCAGCUCUCCGACUGAGGAUGACUUGGAGCCGCAUAGUCGAGCAGCUGCUUGUUUCACAAAUGGCCAUAAGUACACACACGGACAGAAGGUGCCGCGUUUGGAUGCCUGUGAGGUUUGCCUGUGUAUGGACGGUGAAAUCUUUUGCUGGUGGGAGAAAUGCGAUAAGGCGAAUGUAAACAGAGGGGAGGCGACUGCAACGGCGGCGGCGACGGCGAUGGGGACGACUGGCGGCGACUAUUCGGAUCCGUAUCGGUAUGAGACCACAACGAGAAAAUCAACAAAAGUGCACAAAACAACGAGGAAAGCUGGCAAGCGACACAAGCAUCACAAGAAUCAAAAGAAUUUUAAUGACUACGAAGUUUACCAUAGCCGCAAGCAGGCGCCGGAUUAUAAAAAGCCAGACAUAAUGCAACAAAAACAAAAGAGCGACAGUGCUGCCAACCACAGCAGCAGUAUCAGCGGCGUCACCAGCAGCAGCAGCAGCAGCAGCGAAAGCGGCAACUACAAUAUAAUCAAGCAACAGAAACAUGAACAGCAGCAAAAGCCCGCAAUGGCCCAGCAACAACAUAAGAAACCUCCCCAGCAGCAGCAGGAGUUCAAUGUGGCCGCAAUGUCUGUUAAUCAAGCGGCAAAGGAAACACAUUAUCAGCAGCAAUUGCCGACGCCUCACCAACAACACCAACACCAGCAACAGCAACAUUUACACGCCCAUCAGCCACAUUCUUCCAGUAAAAUAUUAAAUUUUCCUGAAAACUUGCCGGCUCUGCUUUAUUACGACUACAAAACGGAGGAGCAUGAACAUCAUCAGCAUCAGCAUCAUCAGCAGCAUUUGCUGCACGAAAAGCAACGACUGCAACAACAGCAGCAACUGCAAAAAAAGCAGCAGAAACAGCAACUGCGGCAGACACAGCGGAAGAAACAGCAAAAGGCAACUCUUGGCACAGACUUGGUCGUUGUUAAAAACUUUGAUGAGGCGGAAACCGACAGCGAUAUUUUGCCCGAGCCACCAACCAAACGGCCUGCAAUGACCGCAACAACAACGGGCAGCAGCACCAGUCACAGCAACAGCAUUGCCAACCCAACAGCAACAGCAGCAACAAUAGAAAUGGUGACAACGCCCCACAGCCAACAAGCUGCCACGGCGUUUGUGAUGGAUAAUACAAAUCGAGUGCAACAGGAUAAGGAAACUGAGGAAGCUGAUGAUGCAUUUCAUCGCUGGCUGACAUCGACGGAACUCAAUAUUGACAGUACAAAUAUGUUUGACGAUAACUUGGCAGCAGCAGCAGCUGCAGCUGCAGCAGAAGCUACAAUUGAGCAGGAAACAUCAGCAUCAACAAUAAUCGAUGAUGUUGGCAGCAUAAGCAGCAGCAGCAGCAGCAGCAGCAGCGGCAGCGGCAGAAACAGUACCACCAGCAGCAGCAAUAGUAAAGACAAUGACAACAGACACGGCAACAACAUAGCUGACAAUGCGGAUGCUGUAUUCUUCCGUAGCUCUUACAAUGAUUACAGUAGCGAAUUCAAUGGCAGCGUUGUCAAUAUUGAUAUUACACUAACUGCUGUAGAUGUGCAUCCACAUCAGCAGCAGCAGCAGCAGCAGCAACAACAACAGCAGCAGCAGAAGUUACCGAGAGCCAGCACAGAAACGGAUUUAAUUGCAAAUGACAACCAAACUUCAGAUGUAAGCCCCGGUGUAAGACAACCAACAAAAAUGCAACCAACGGCCACAUCAACACCAAUACCAGCUGAAGCAGCAACAACCACAGUAAAAUCAAUAACAACAACAAUGCCCAUCACCAGCAGCAGCGGCAGCAGCGGCAACAACAGCAGUAACAAUAACAGCAGCAGCAAUCAGUACAAUUUGCCGCCCUUCACGUUGACAACGAUUAUAACAACAACGCCUCUGGCAGCGGGGCGUAUGUGCAACGUGCUGGGUAAAUUGUAUAAAAUUGGCGAAGUUCUGCCACAGGACACCGGUAACUGUUUGCAGUGCAUCUGCACGGAUGCUGUGACACCUGACGAGCUGCCCAGCGUCACCUGCAGUCCGCACAACUGUCCGCCACUGGUGCUGCCCGACCUGUUCGAUGCGACUGGUUACUGAGGUUACGGGUUUGUGCUGUAAGUUGCAACUGGCAUGCGUUACAAAUUAAAAGCAAAAUUAAAAAAACAAAAAGAAACACAAAAACA